AAUGCGUGAAGGAUGACAACGCAAUGGCCUUCUGCAUCCUCACGUUGUUACUCGUUGUUCACGUUCUGUUGGUAUCUCUCACAGCACACCUCUUUUACUGGGACUUGUCCUAUAUUCUUGACUACUGUGGGGCCAAGCUGAAGCACCAAUGUCUCUUACAGCACACAGCCUGUGUCUACGAUGCCUUCGUCAUGUAUGACACCACAGACCCGCUGGCCUCUGAUUGGGUGUUGAACCACCUUAGGGUGGAACUAGAGGAGCGCGGAGAGAGGGUUCGCCCACUCUGCCUGGAGGAGCGUGAUUGGAUGCCAGGGGUGCCUAUCAUGGAUAACCUUUCCAAUAGUGUGCGACAGAGCAGGAAAACGGUGUUUGUGCUGACAGAGGGCUUUCUGUCGCGUGGUGUGGUUAAAAUGGCCGCCCUGCUGGUGCAGCAGCGGCUGGUGGAGGAGGGUGUGGAUGCCAUGGUGUUGCUGCUGCUGCAGCCCCAGGUUCUGCGACGCUCACGCAUCAUCCACCUGCGCAGACGGCUCUGCAGGCGCAGUGUUCUGGAGUGGCCAGCAACUGCCUGUCCGGCUGCCCAGCGCUGGUUCUGGCACAACCUGAAGAGAGCCAUACGGAAAGAUCAGCGAGCCACACACGCAUCACUACACGGCACAUACUUCACUGGGCGGUGA